CUCACAGGUUUAUUAAAUGAACACUACAGUACUCCGUAUUUUUACGCCAAAACUGUCAGAAAUAUUCAACAUACAGAAUGAGAAGCAAGCAUAUAUAUGUCUUGCUUGCUUUCGACGUGAUUAAGGAGAAAAAGAGGAUCAUCGAUCCCUCCCUUCACUUCCCAUGCACAAUACUGCGCCUGCAAAGUGAAAGAGAAAACUAGAAAAGGGAUAUGGAACCCUUGUUCUUCUUAGUCCUUCUCGUUCAAAUUUGGUCGGUGAGGCCCCAUGAUCAACUCCUAAACAAAAAUAUAUUCAUCUUAGCCGGACAGAGCAACAUGGCCGGACGUGGAGGCGUCGUUAGCAAAACUAUCACCGGCGGCGCUGCCACAUGGGACGGCAUCGUACCUCCCCAGUGCAAACCCGGCCCCUCCAUUCUCCGACUCAGCGCAAACCUCACAUGGGUUUUAGCACAUGAGCCUCUGCAUGCGGACAUUGAUGUCAAGAAGACAGUUGGGGUUGGACCAGGCAUGGCUUUUGCCAACGGAGUCUUGGCCAAAGACCCCACCUUUGGGGUCAUUGGCCUGGUGCCUUGCGCGGUCGGUGGGACUAAGAUAAGAGAGUGGGGUAAAGGGACUUUCCUUUACAAACAGUUGAUGAGGAGGGCUCGGUCUUCGUUGCAAGAUGGUGGCACUAUUCAAGCGCUUCUUUGGUAUCAAGGCGAGAGCGACACAGUGACAAAAGAAGAUCAUACCGAUUAUAAGAGAAAGCUGGAGAGGUUUUUCUCGGACUUUCGGGAUGAUUUGCAGUCUCCUUUGCUCCCAAUAAUCCAGGUGGCUCUGGCGUCAGGUUCAGGACCUUUUAUAAAGAUUGUUAGAGAAGCUCAGUUGGGAAUUGAUCUCUUGAACCUGCGAACAGUGGACGCCAAGGGUCUGUCACUUGAGCCGGAUGGUCUGCACCUAACCACACGAGCCCAGGUUCGACUAGGCAAGAUGUUGGCUGAUUCAUUCCUUCAUUUCUUACCCACUUCCCCCAUCCUCACCCCCACUUACACUAGUACUGGUCCUCCUUUAAGGUGUUCCAACUUUAUUUUUUACAUUUUUUUGUUAGCUCUUCUAUUAAGAUGCAUCAGGAUGAUCCUAGUUACUUUCUGAAUAAGUUGUUCUUUC